CAUUACCCAUUUCCAAUUUACAGUAACAUAAGUAAAUUGAAAUCGUUUCAGUUGAUUGUGUUUGUUAAUUAAUUCUCACCAUGUCAUCUUCACUUCUGAAUGAAAGAUUCAGAAUGCUGUUUAAAUUAUCAAUUCUAGUCAUUUUACUUUCAACAAUUGAAACAGGAAGUGCUAUAGAUUUGGUGGAUUUACCAUUAAGCACAGGAAGAAAAAGCGUUAACAUUAACGCUACUUUAACUGAUGCCAAUGCUGGGACUAAAUAUUUCAUCCAAGAGUCAGUGUCAGCUUCUGGCUCAACCAUUAGGGGCAAAAUUGUGAUCUCAAGUGAAAAGGGUUCCUACAACAUCUAUUAUAAUACUGAUUCUAGUUUCAACAAGGAACGUUUGGUUUUCCAUGGCACAAAUUGUUUACCAUUUACUUUCAAGAACAAUUGGGAUCAAAGUUUACCUGGAAUCAAAAGACCUGUAACUAACCUGAUACUCUUGAUGGGACCUUCAAUUUUAUACCGACUUGGUCAUUCCUCACUUGUAUGGACAUCAGUUGCAGAUAAAAACAUAAGAGGAACCAUGAUGAAGGGGGCGACAACUGACAUAAAUGGAAGAUUCAGAAUCACUUAUUAUUACAAAAAGCAUUUUGAUGACGAUUAUGGAAUUAAACAUCCAAGUCGAAUUGAAUUUAGUGGUAAUGAUCCAUAUUCAAGAUCACCAAUUUACGACGAGUAUCUUAUUCUUGAUAUUUACCUUCAAAAUGAGAACUAUUAUGAUCAACUUGCGAAUGAAGUUCAUCCUCUACCUGGAAUUGGAUGCCCACAUUACUUGUUCAAAAAUGGGCCUUCAAUCCCUAAAUUGAAAUCUGAUUAUGUACAUUAUACCAUGUACGAGUACAUUAAAGGUUCAACUACUACUCGAACAUUCAGUGAGAUUCAUGCCUCGGAAAAGCACCACUUAUUAAGACUAAAAUCAAAUCUUCUUGGCGUAACAACUGAAGCUAUUUAUGAUUAUAACCUUGGAGUUUCUUACCUCUUCGAAGAGGGUGGAUCCUGUAGCAUAUUAUUUGCAGAUACAAAUUCACCUGGAAUCAAUCAAUUUGGUGGCUUCUAUUUAAAUAGCCUUUUAAUCGUUGAUGACAUCUUUUUUCCUUAUCGUUAUCUUGGAAAACUCAAUUUAGAACACCGACCUGGAUAUCCCGUAGAUGCAUGGGAAUCAAUCAGACCCAAUGUUAAUAUCAAUGGGAAGAAGGUCGACAAAGCUGUCAUCACUCAAUAUUUCGCUGCAUCGGAGGACAGUGAAAUAUUUUCUGGCUAUACGCUUGUCAGUACCAAAAUUGCCAUCUAUAAAUUGGAUUCAUCGAAAAAAACCUAUACUUUGACGGAUGAAAUUACAAGAGAUUAUAUCAACUUUGAAAAGGCUGGAUUAGAAGAUGAACUUCAUGAUGAAUUUACAUUAAAAGACUGUAAAUACUUGUCUAGUGACAAAACAUUAACACUUGCCUUCCAAUUUGAAUGCAAAGGCGACUCUUGUACCGGACUCUUGGAAAAACAUGCUUACGACUUGAAAAAAGAUUUAGUCAAUUAUGUUAUUUUACGCUCAUCAAUUAGUCCACUUCGAAUCGAUAACGUUCAAUAUAAUUUCAAUGACGAACAACUUGAAAUAGAAGUGACAUUUUUGGAUUCACCUAAUUUGCAAUAUAUUUUUAACUCUAAAACUAUGUCUGUCAGUGCAGAUACAUUUAGUAAGAUGAUAUAUGAAGGCAAGACAAGCGAUGCGUAUGGAUGUUUGAACAAAUUAGCAAAAGUCUUUGAUAAUAUCAAUGUGGCAAUUUACAGACCAUCAGAUUCUUCUUGUGGAUAUUUGAAAGAUUUUGAAGAUCUCAAGGAAGAUGCAAAAGCUGGAGUAUCAUGUAGUAUCUUUCACUUUCCUUUAUUUAAUUUGCGUAGCAUUGACCUAGAAUUAUCACUCGAUCAAAUUCACGAUAAUUUUAAGGAAAACUUAGGAUGGGGUGUCUCUUAUCAUGUAGGAAACUCUUAUCAAUCUAUCAAAAUUGUUGAUAUUAUCGACAAAACGGAAAACAAAAUUACUUCAGUUGAUGACUUUCAAUCCCAAGUUAGAGUUGAUUCAAAGUUGAAUAGCAAUGGUCAAGUGACAGUUAUUGUACCAGAUGCGAAAACUUUAGCUGAUUGUUAUCGAACCUGUCAUAAUUCAGAGCAACUCAAAUGCAAUACUUUCUCAUUCUGUCAGAAUGGUGAAUGUAGAGUCAGUAGCUUAUUAACUAUAGACCUGUAUAAUGAUUCGCAGGUUGAACAAGACAAAUCAUGUUCUAUUCACGCUGUGAAUGCUCUCAAUGAUUACUUAGAAGUACCUCAGAGAAAAUUUAAAACUCCGACAUCAAUCGCAGUCGACAAAAGUGUCGAUUCCUGUGCAGAAUAUUGUCAUGCUUCACCUGAUUGUUAUUCAUUCCAAUGGUGUGAUUAUCAAUGUAGUUUUGGUGGUUUUUAUACAGAUGCAGCUACUGAAUAUGAUGGAGAAUGCAGUGUAUAUCUUCCCAAAGUAUCUGAAAAAUACCAAAAGACUGGAAACGAAAUCGUAUCAGAUGUGCUUUACACUGAAAUGAAUUUAAAUUUCGAUCAAUGUGCAUCAUUAUGUCAUGGAUGGUCCGAUGGUGACACUAGAUGUAAAUCAUUUAAUUAUUGCCCUAAAAGUAAAACAGAAAGUUCUUGUUCAUUAACUCAAUUUUCAGUUAAAAAUUCAAAUACUAAGACUAUCGAAGGAGGUGAUUGUUCAAAUUACGAGUUGAAAGUGGAUUCAAAUGGAAAGAAAAGCAAAGAAUCCAGUUCGACUGAUUUAACGAAAGGGACAAGUGGAUCAGGGGCCUUUGGAAUAAUUAUGCUCUUCUUGUUUGUCGGUGCUUUAUUGGGAUUCGCUGCACCAUUUGGUUACACAAAAGUUAAACAAUUACGUAUAGCUACAGAUGUCAACGAAAGUUUUACUUGGACAAGACAAGUGAAUGAACAAGCUGAGAACAUCAAUUGAAUCUCAUUUUCAUAUCCCAAGAAAUGCUAAGCAAUUCUUUAAAUAUCUGUGUAAACCUUAUUACUGCUUUUUAGAUUUGAAAAACUGUAUUCAACUUUCGUUUGUUUCUUCCAGCUAUAAUUUUAUUUUAAUUAAAUUUAUUUAAAAUGAAUUAAAUUUUAA